GUUAUAUUUAACUAUAUAUUUAAUUAUAUAUUUAAUUAUAUAUUUUUUUCGUCUUAGCUGUCAUCUUAGCUGUUUUAUUUGACACCUUAUAUUAGUGACUCCAAAAGAGUAUUCAAAUAUGAGGUUUUCUUCUAAACAGCAAAAGAACUCUAAUUCUCUUGAACAUUCUUUUUUCCCAGCAGCACCAUUACCAUCUCAAAGCCAGGCUCAGUCUCAAUCAUUUUCAUUUUCAGAGAGACAAGACUCUCUUUCUUCUAACGGUUUAAUAGUUAAUCAUUUCACUAGCAAAACAAAACUUUAUCAAGCAGAUAAUCUUGGUAUAUCGAGAAAUAAUCCUUUAAAUGACACCAGUACUACUUAUGAUAGUAAUAAAAAAAAUCUAAUUACAAUUGAUAGUAUUAUUAACUCUACUGAUAGUACCAAUUUUAUUGAUAUAGCUAAUAACACUACUGCUAAUACUAAUAAUUUUGUUGUUGCUAGUUUUAAAGAUUCUAGCUACAUUGACUCAAAUGUUAUAGAUUCUAAUAUUUCUGAAACUGAUAAUAUAAAAGCCAGCAAUAAUGAAUUGAAAUUGGUAAAACCUUCUAAAAUUAAAAAACCUCAAAAACUUCAAAAGAAUCAAAAAAACUCUAAAAUUUCCAAGCUCAGAAAAUCUAAAAGAAUUCAAAACUCAAAAAAAAAACAAACUCCAUCUAAAAAACAAAAACAAAAACAAAAACAAAAACAAAAACCCUCUGCUGAAAGAAUAUCAUUGAAUUCAAAUGAAAUUAAGUCAAACAAAAGACUUGUAAAUUCUUCGAGCGCUUCACUUGCUGCAACUAAAUCUCAAUCUUUAACACAAAUUGAUGAUGAUAAUAAUCAAUCGGUGUUUUUAUCAAUUGAUAAAAUAAUCAGUGUUGAAGCUUCUAAAAUUUUUAAUCUUAAUAUAUUAACCGAUCUAAGAGUUAAAAGAAAUCUCAAUCGAAAUUUUCUAAAAAUAGUUAGGAUCAGGGAUUUACCUGAGUUACCUUCACUCACAAAUUCCUCAGGUUCUCAGGUUUAUCAAAAUGGAGACAGAAACCAUCCAUCAUUACCUUCACACUUUCCACCUUUUCCAAGACUUCCAAAAAAAAGAAAAUCACCUUUGAUGUUGAAUAAUGAGUUAAGAUGUUUGUUAUAUCAAGUUAUAUUAUCAAACAAAUUAUAUGCCAUUCCUUAUGGUGAAUUUGGAAAAUUUUGGAUUAGAACUGUCAGAAUAUUUAAUAAAUAUAUGAAAAAAAUUGGACUUUAUUCUGGUUUUCCAGAUAUCACUUUAAGGUAUGCAAGAAGUGAUUUUCAAAAACAUUAUAAAGAAGUGAUUGCCUAUAGAAGGCUUAAUUCUGUUUGUGUUCAAAAUUUAAAUGAACUUUUAACAGAGGCCAAUAACAAUUAUUUCAUUCAAAACAAACAAGAAAAACAUAAUCAAACAAUUGUUAAUAGAAAUUUCAAUAAUAAUUUGAAUAAUGAUACAAAUGAAAGCAAAGAAAAUAUUGAAACAGGAAGAAUUGGUAUUAAUGUCAAUGUUGAUGAUGAAAAUAAUAAUGAAAAUGAUGAAAAGUUCAGUAAGAAUUCUGAUAAAAAUUUUAACAUAAUUCAACUCACCAAUGACAACAUGCCACUUUCUACGGAUAUUGGGAGCAUCUUGCAAGCAAAUUAUGCAAAAAAAAGUAAUAAUUCUUUGUUGUUUUUAGAACCACAUGAAAAAAUAUUGUUUCGAUAUUACGAUUUAGAGUAUGACUAUAACAAAAAAAAAUUAAUAAUUGGUUUGCCAGUUGAAUUGCAAAAUCAAAUCUUAGAAAAUCAAAAAUAUGUUCUUCCCGAAAAUGAGUCAAUUUCUGUAUUUGCUUCUGACACAGAUGGUGAGGUGGUGCUUCCCACCUAUGAAAACAAAAAACAGAUUAUUGAUCCCAACAACCAGUUUACGGAUCUUGAAACAAAUCAAUAUGUUGCAAGAUUUUGUAGAGUUGUUGUUGAAGCAUGUAUUUUUGCUGACAUUCCUAGUGAUGUUGUUUAUGAAGAAAGUAUUCUCAGAGAUUUUCCAAAGGAAACACCCUACCCACGAUUAAGUUCAGAUUUGGAAUCUGAUUCAAAAUUGGACCCCCUUCCAAGCAACAACCCCCGGCUGCUUUUGAACACUGUUCCAGAUGCUUCUUCCAACGGUCUUGACCACAGUGUCCCUCCAACCGAGCAGACCCCUCAAGCGCAGUGCUUGGCAGGGUCCGCCGCUUCUCCGCUGCCAUCUUCUGCUUCUUUAUCACCAUCUCCUUCCAGCCUUCCUUCUGUUUCUGCCUCCUCGGCUUCUUUUUCUGUACCGACUUCAAUUCGUCCAUUUCUGCCUGUUCGAACAACAAAACCAUCUCUCACACCACCUAACCAUCAAAGUCCUAUUUUAUCUCAAGAUACCUUUCAGCCCAUUCAUCAACCUCCCCCAUUUGUUCACCAACCUUCUCAAAGUCAGAAUAUUGCAACUGAUUAUCAGCAGCAUCCUCAUUAUUCCAAGCAGCAAAAUCAUUACCAACCUCAAUACCAACCUCAAUACCAACCUCAAUACCAACCUCAGUAUCAAUACCAACCCCCAAAUCAACAACAUCAACAACAUCAACAACAUCAACAACAUCAUCAAAUACUCCCAAGACCUCAACACCUUUUUCCUCAACCAAAAAUUCAAUUUGGUCUUCCUAUAACGUCAAGCUACAUCAACACCGAUGAACAUGCUUAUAGCCAAACUCAAAACUUGUUUUCAUCAAUAGGUCAAACCUAUAGUUCGGAUCCCAAAGUAUAUAGUAUCUCCUCUAUAUCAAGGGCUCCAGUUUCUUAUUCUGCAACAGAAACAAAAGAAAAAUCUUAUCAUACUUAUCAACCUCACCAUACUGAUGACAGCGAUGAAACUGAUUUUAGAAAUUACAAUCAAACAUCGCUGUAUACUACUGAUCACCCUAAAUAUGGAGAAAUUGCACAGGUCCUUACUGUUUCCUCUAAUAGUGAAAUAUCUAAUGACCAAAAUAAUGAUAAAACUGUAUCCCAAUAUGUUUUCGACAUUACAGACCAUAUUAACUUAGUUCACAAUGCACUAGCUAAAAUAAAACCAAGAGCUCAAGUUAACGAUCAAGGAAUUCCCAUACCUACAAUAAGUCCAAUAGAGACUAACAAAUGCUUAACAAAAUUGAAUAGAAUUUGCAAUAAGCUAUUAUCUACUUCAGCAAUUGAAACAUUAGAUGAAAAUCAUUUAGAAUUAAUAAUUGAGAAACUUAGUAUUACUGUGACAGAUUUGUUUGAGUUUGGUCCUUUUUUUUUCAAAGUAUUCAAAGAACAUAAUUCUAAUUCUUUAGAUCUUUUUGAAAAUACUCUUUAUUUGAAAGAUGUGUUCCAACAAUUUAAUGUGGUUUUGUUAAAAAAAAAUGGUGAUUCAUAUGAUGAAAAUAAUAAUGAUGGUAACCAAAAUCGCAAUGACGAAAACCCAUCCAACCUUACUUGUUUACAAAAAAUUAAUAAAAGAAUGAAAAAAUUAACUGAUUUUAAUAUCAGAUAUCAAAAAAUAGCUUAUGAAUCACAAGUUAAAACUCUUACUGAGAUCAAUAGAAAAAUAGAUAGAAACAAUCGCCUUUUAAGAGAAUUAAUAGAAAAAAAAUACCAAUCUUAAAUAGCAUUAAAUUUAUAUAAAUUUAUAUAAUAUAUCUAAUAAUAGAAUAUAUUUA